AUGCUUUCUCAACUUGGCCAGAAACCAGCAGCAGCAGGCCAGCGAGCCCUGACUCGAAAACACAGACCCACUGCAAAGUUGCCCGGAAUCGGUCUAAGUGGUCCAGGCCAAAGUGCACUUCCAGUGGACCAGGAAUACUUUCGAGCUCCGGCCGCUCAUGGCUCUGGGAAGUCAAGUGAACUGCAAGAAAUUGAAGGUGGACAAGGUUACUCCCAAGUGCGCCGGAAUGAGGACACUGCUGACAUAAGCGAGAUUCCGUCACUGACUACAGACCAAGCUGACGAUGCAUUGGACCUGGCGAACCUACUGACGUCGAAAGCCUAUGAUGAGGACAAUGAUGAAGUGAUAUUCGAUGAUGAAGCCGAUGACGAGGAUGAUGAGGAAUAUGAGCCAGACCUGCAAGAUGUCUUUCCCACGACAAGCGUUGAUGGGCUGGAGCAUAGCAGCAAAUCGAUGAAGGUAAACUUGCGUCAACAAAGGGAGCGCAGCAGCGAGAAAAAGCUGUCGCAUUACGUGUCCCAACGAAUCAGCUUAGUUGGCAUGGAGCAUACCGCAGUAUCAGAGCGAAUUUCUGAACGACCGACCUCGGCUCGCGUCAAAUCACCAGCUCAAUCGAGUACUAUCGAAAUAUUGGAUCUGAUCAGCUGUAGAGAUUCGGAUGACGGCAAGUACAACUUAACAUUUCGCUUAUACACCUCAAAGGUAGUUUUAAUCGUUCAGAGAACGAGCAUGUAUAGGCAAAAUGCACAAAUACUGUGCCACCCAAACUUAAGUCAUUGUCAAUCCAUUCCUUGA